CGCAUCGCGCAGUGUGCAUGAUGGGGCUGGCUUGGGCCGUCUUGCAACGGUGGUGGUGGUGGUGGUGGUGGUGGUGUUUGUUUGCUCCGAGUAAAGAGUCAGCGAAUCUUUGCUCUUGUUGGCGAAAUGAGCAUGGGAUGCCGUUCCAAGACAACGCAAGCCGCGUCAGGAGAAUGGCCAAGCAACUACGUAGUUUGGCUUGGCCGUUGGAAGUGAGGCGUAUGAGCUGAAGCUUCAUGGCGUUGAUCUUUGGGACGAAGGCGGAGAAUCUCGGAGGGUUCGGUGUGAACCAGACAAAUGACUAGUUAAGGACAUACCCCUCCCCUCCCCGGUCCAAUGCCGGUUCGGAAGCCAUGAGAGGAGGAAAGUUGAAGAAAAGGAAAGAGAGAGAG